GUCAACUUCAACAUGCCGACAGCCGCUUCCGCUUCCUUCAGCACGUCGACAACACCGGGCCAACCAACCGCCGCUGCGCCGAUCACCUCAGUCACCACCACUGGGGCACCUCCCUCUUUUGGAUCGCUGCCGGCAAUAUCCUCCGUCUCUUCCGGUGUGACUUUCUCCUCCAACUUUACAUCACCAAGCCGGGUAUCUAUGUCAUACUCUUUGUUUCAGCAUGUACCACCGGUGUUCCCUUGGUCGGCUCCAAUUCCCGUGCAGGCUGUCCCUCUAGAGCCGCCGCCCCUCUCGGCCGGUCCUUCCUUUGCUGGCCCCACCUUCGUUGGCUCACCUGGUGUAUCCUUCGUUGUUCCUCCCUCUCGCACACCCGCAGGCAGCCCAGCCGGAUCACUUCUCGCUGAUUUGGCUCAAACAAUAUCUCAUGUGUGGCCACCAAUGUCACAAAUAUUGUGACUACUAAACUAUUGGCGGUAGAAGACUACACCACUUGGAGGACACAAUUCGAAUCGUUUCUAGUUUCACAAGCUCUAUUGGGCAUGGUUGAUGGCUCCAUUCAGGUACCCCCUGCUUUUUCCAUAGAUGCUCUUAACCGUCAAACUCCCAAUCCCGAACUUUCUACUUGGUUGAGAAUUGAUCAAACCAUCCAUUCAUGGUUAUUUGCAACCCUAUCUUGGGAUGUUCUUAUCGAUGUGCGUGAUUUAAAAUAUUCAUAUGAAAUUUGGGAGCGGUUAAGAUCUCGGUUUAUGUCUGCCAGUUUAGCCAGAUCUAUGGUAUUAAAGCGCUUAUUUGAUCUAAUAAAAAAGAAAUUUGAUCAGUCCAUGGAUAAUUAUUUGCGAGAAAUUAAAACAUUAGCUGAUGAUCUUGCCACAAUCAAUUUCCUUGUGCCUCCUCGUGAAAUUUUAAAGACUACUAUUAUGGGACUGGGACCUGAGUAUGAAUCUUUAUUCACUGUUGUGUCAUUAUUUGGACAAAAUUUCCCGUUUGAGACUCUUCGUAAUCAUCUUCUUGAGUUAGAGCAGCGGGUCCUUUAUCUCCGCUCCCAGGAGUCCUCGUCCUUCCAUCAGGCAUUUGGCACGACUGUCUCUUCUCCUGGACAGUCGUCUGCCCAACAGAUGAAUCAGUCACAUUCGAGGUCUACGCACCCGGUCGGGCAGCAGGCAUACCCGGUCGGGCAGCAACGACAGUUUGGCGCUCCAUAGCGCGGACAAGGUCGCGGUCGCGGCAGAGGCCGCGGAGGCAGGGAGCGCGGUCGUGGACAGCAGCAGCAGGCAUAUUGAUACUCCCAGGGGCAGUCGGUUUAUUACCCCGGAGGGGGUGGUCAGCCGAGUACACCUGCAGGGGGUGUGACAUCUACGGGUACUGUUAUUUGUAAUUCUGCUGUGUCACAUUUAAAUAUUAAUGCUUUACCUAUCUGUGUUACUAACCGUAGUUCUGCAGGCUUGCCAUCAGAUGGGGGUAUUCUUAGGUCUGUUCCCCAUCCUGUUGUCUGUCAAAUUUGCUUUUUUGCAGGUCAUUCGGCCAUUAAUUGUCCUUCUCGUUUCACACAAGCGUCCGCCCCUGCUCUGUUGAAUACUCCCAGUGACACUACUCCUGCUCUAUGGUUUCCUGAUUCAGGAGCCUCUGCUCAUAUGACUGCAUCUGAAGGUCGAGUCUAGCCCAGUGGGGAGCAUGCCUUCCAGCCUAGUGGGGAGCUUGCCUACCGGCCCAACCAGAAGCCUGCCUUCCAGCCCAGCGGGGAGCCUACCUACCGGCCCAACCGGAAGUCUGCCUUUCGGCCUAGCGAGGAGUCUGUCCUCCAGUCCAGCGGGGAGCCUGUCCUCCGGCCCAGCAGGGAGCCUGCCUUCCAUCCAGCAGAAGCCUGCCGCCCGAGGAGCUCAAGCGUUCUGCCUGCUAGCCAGGCCGACCUGCUAGCCAGCCAGGAAGAGUAACGACCAACAAUCAAUGCGCUAUUAAUUAUCUAUUUAAUUUCGUAUUAAUGUUGUAAUUAAUUUAGUCAUUAUUAUGUUCAGCAGUUACCAUUUGUAAUCGCCUAUAAAAGGCAAUUCAAAUUUCAAAUACAGAUAUGCUAUUUAUGGCAACUUAACACUUUUAGCUUC